UCUACGUUUGAUAUAUAUAUAUUCCCUUCGGCCCUUCCCAGUUCCCUCACUCCCAAAGCUAUAAACUUCUCUCCUUUAUUUUCAAGGCUUUUUUAAGUUUCUUUUUCCUUUUUGCAAUAUGAGUUCUACAAUGUUUAAGGUUUUUAUGAUGUUGGGUCUCUUGGCCACCGCUUGCAUGGCUCAGGCGCCAACAUCUCCGCCUACUGCUCCUCCGAGAUCCUCACCACCGCCUGCGGCGACUCCGACACCCGCUCCGACACCGUCCCGAACACCUUCGCCAGCUCCUUCAACUGUCCCCACCCCAUCUCCCACCACUUCCCCUUCGCCUGCUCCAUCCGCUUCUUCACCUUCUCCUUCCAUCUCCUCCCCUCCUACAGCAUUCACCCCACAGGGAUCAACUGCACCGACUUCCGGGCCCUCGGCUGACCAAGGCCCUCCCCCCUCCGCCGCCUCCAACAACGGUGUCUUCGUCGUUGGAACCGUCGCUGCUACUUUCUUCGCCGCCCUUCUGGCUUAAGAAAGUGAGUUCCUGCUUUUGUCGAGGGUCAAGUUUUCUUGCUCUUCUUUUUCAUUUG